AUGGGCAGCUAUCCGCCUCCGCCUACCCAGAACGCUGGGCGAGGCUCCUACCAGAUGAUGUCCAACAACCCGUACCAGCAGCCGCACCAGUCGUACGCGACCUCGUCCGGCAUGUUGCCCCAGACCUCUAUGGCCACGUCCCACCCUCAGCCCAUUGCCCCUGCUCCGUCUCCCGGUGGCCGUGUCCCUCCGGUGCUGCGCCCCAUGCCUGCUGGCGGUGUCAUGCCGCAGCCGGGUAUGGCCUCUCCCUAUGCGCAGAGCCCGUUGAUGCCACAGCCCUCUAUCCUCCAGGACAGCGAGCAGCCAACCCAUGUGGUUGGUUCUCAGGGUCGCCGCGGCAUCCUGCCCAGUGCCCCCGGGAGGCCUGCCGCUCCGGCCGCUGGCACGGCAUCUGCCAAGAACCAGAUCCCUCAGAAAGACGCUGACGGAAAGUUUCCGUGCCCUCAUUGUACCAAGACCUAUUUGCACGCGAAGCAUCUCAAGCGCCAUCUCCUACGUCAUACCGGAGAUCGCCCCUACAUGUGCGUUCUUUGCCGCGAUACCUUCUCUCGCAGUGAUAUCCUGAAGCGCCACUUCCAAAAGUGCUCGAUUCGUCGCGGAAACCCCACUGGCGCAAGUCACUUGUCCCACCCUCAUGCUCACGUCAAGAAGGCUCAGGCUGCGCAGAAGGCGGCUGGCAUGGAUGGGGAUCUGAACCACAUGAAUGGAAUGAACAACGUCCCUGGCGACGGCAUGGUUCACCCUUUUGGUCUCAUCCCCGCUCCUGACGGUAUUAACAACAUGUCCAAUGACCAGGCUCAACUUUCGCGAUCUAGCAGCAUGAACCGUCUCGAAGACGCGAACAACCAAGACCGAAGAAGCGUGGCUGGCUCUGUUAUGGGUGCGUCGACCCGCGGCGGCAGCUUCGACCAGACGUACAACGGCAACGUUUCCGCCUCCAUGGCUGCCAACAUCAACCCUCAGCUGGCGAACUACAACAUGCCUCCGAACCAGAAUGGAAUGCCUAUGUUUGGUGGACAAAACUCGAACCAGCAGUUCAGCGGUGACUGGUCUCAGAUGUUUUCCCAAGGUGGUGCGCAAGAUACCUACGUCAAUACCUUCCCUCCUAAUCUUGGACAGACGCAGACCGCAAUCAAACCAGAGCCUAACGGCGAUCCCUCGAGACCUGAUUUUAUUCCUACCGGGAAUCCGACCGAUGACCGCUCCCUCUUCUUCGGUAACUGGGGCCCCCCCUAUAUACAAGAUCCUUAUCAACAACUUUCGACCCGGAUUAUCAACUUCUUCUACCCUCCUGAUGUCGUCAUCUCCCCCGAGAGCGCCGGCAUGAAUUUAUACUUCUCCCCCGAAAACGUUAAAGAUUUCCUCGAGCGAUACACCCAUUUCCACGAGCAUGCUAUUCCGACCGUGUCUCACCCGAUCAUGUUCGCGAUAUGA